CAGCCCCUUCCCACCAAACCCUCAUUUCUAGCCCUUAUUGAGUUAUUCUGGAAGGUUCCAAGAAGGAACGUCGGGUCAAAGGUCAUGCGUACAUUUAAAAUAUUCAUAGGAAUUCCUGUAUCACUUUCAUUUUCCCCUAAAUAGGGCUUUAACAACUCAUUUGCCUUUCAUCAGCAGUGACAGAUAGCCCUCUGCCCUAAUAGUCUUUAAUUGACUUAUUUUUUUUCCGAGGAUGUAGCCUUUCAUGUUUGAAAACCAAGUGGCUCCCCGUAAGCUGAUCAGGACCUAGCGGGAACGUUUGUUCCGGGGGCGGGUCCUCGGCCGUUGCCUCAGUUUCCGGCAGUCGUCGAGGCAAGCCGGCUGGGCUGAGUGAGGUGCCUUAUGGGUCUCCCUCAGAGACGGGCAUCACGGCCCACUCCUCAAAGCCGCGGCCCACGAGCGCCAGGGGGAGCUCUCGAGGUGGUCGAGCCGGCGCCGGCCGUGCCCACAGCUACUGUCUGGGCCAAGGCGUCGCGCGGUGGUGCCCCGCAGAAGGUGCCAGCUAUUUUCUAGAACGCCCAGGGACGCCCCCACGCCGUACCCGGCUGAGGCGCCCCCGUAGGCCGGGGAGAGCCGGGAGGCGGGCGGCUCCCAGCUGAGGGCGCUGAGGGGAAAGCGGCGAGCGGCCGGGCGGCUCAGCUGCGGCCCGGGGGGCGUGGUGAGGCCCCGGAGCGAGCGGCUUUCGUUUUCGUUUCCUGCCACAGCGUCUCCGCCUCUCGGGAACGGCUCGGGUCCGCGGGUGUGUCUGGCGCCAGGACUCGACGGCUCAGGGCAGCCCCGCUCGUCGCUUCGUCGACGCCGUCACUGCCACUGCCAUGGCCCAGCUCACCACCACCAGGGUGGGUGAGGUGACCCAGGCGCUGUGCGCCGCCGGGGGCGCCUUGGAGCUGACCGAGUUGCGGCUGCACUUGCUGCGGAGCAUAGACACCGACACCCUGGAGCGGGUGCUGCAGGUGCACGGGCGCUUCGUGGUGGUCACCCGGCCCGGCGCCUCCACCGACGGGGCGGCGGCCCAACAGCGCGUGGUGCUGGCGGUCUCCCCGCUGCGCCUGUGCCGCGCGCACCUGUCCCCCAAGUCCACCUGCGAGGGGCUCUGCGCACAGCUGCAUCUGUGCAAGUUCAUGAUGUAUGGCACCUGCAAGUUCCUCAAGGCCGGGAAGAACUGUAGAAACAAUCACAGCUUGACGACUGAUCACAACCUGAGUGUGCUGAGAACUCACGGUGUUGACCACCUCAAGUUUAGUGAGCUGUGCCAGCUCUUGUUUCAGAACGAUCCCUUGCUUUUGCCGGAUAUCUGCCUGCAUUAUAACAAAGGAGAUGGACCCUACGGCUCUUGUUCCUUUCAAAAGCAGUGCAUCAAACUCCAUAUCUGCCAGUAUUUUUUACAGGGAGAAUGCAAGUUUGGUACCCAGUGUAAGAGAUCCCAUGACUUCUCCGAUUCUGAGAAUCUGGAAAAAUUGGAGAAGUUGGGCAUGAGCUCGGGUCUGGUGAGAAGGCUGUCUUCCAUAUACAGAAAUGCACUGGACAUCAAGAAUAAGGGCUCUGCCUCUGAAAAGGCUCAACAUCCCCCUCCGGGCCCACAGGCAACUUCUGAAAGAAGAAGCAGUUCAGGUCCUGUGUCCCCAAACACUCCCAGCCAGGAGGAGAGUGAUCAGAUCUGCUUGUAUCAUAUCCGGAAAAACUGUAGUUUUCAAGAUAAAUGCUAUAGAGUUCAUUUCCAUUUGCCAUAUCGGUGGCAGUUCUUGAAUGGAGGCAAAUGGGAAGAUCUGGACAAAAUGGAGCUUAUUGAAGAGGCAUACAGCAAUCCCAGGAAAGACAGAAUUGUGUGUGCUCCGUCGGUCAGUGGCUUUCACGAUGACACUCUGCGCUUUGAUUCAAUGAUGUUUGGCCCUGCCCAGGCUCGCCGCCUCUCCACAGCCUCCUCCGUCACCAAGCCCCCACACUUCAUCCUAACCACUGACUGGAUUUGGUACUGGAUGGAUGAGGUUGGUUCUUGGCAGGAAUAUGGAAAACAGGGCACAACACACCCUGUAACCACCGUCAGCAGCAAUGAUGUGGAGAAGGCCUACCUCGCAUUCUGUGCACCAGGCGCUGAUGCCCAGGCAGCUACGCUGAAAUUCCAAGCUGGAAAACACAAAUACGAGUUAGAUUUCAAAGCCUUCGUUCAGAGAAACCUGGUCUAUGGCACAGCCAGAAAGGUUUGCCGCAGACCCAGAUACGUGUCCCCAGAGAAUGUGAAGACAAAGCAAAGCUGCCAUGUCACGUUGCAAGGCCCAAAGAAUAUCCCAGACUACUGGGACUCCUCAUCUCUGCCGGACCUAGGCUUUAAGAAGAUCACUCUCCAUUCUUCCUCCGAGGAGUAUCAGAAGGUCUGGACCCUCUUCAACCGUACACUGCCUUCCUACUUUAUUCAGAAGAUUGAGCGCAUCCAGAACCUAGCCCUCUGGGAAGUUUAUCAGUGGCAAAAAAUGCAGAUGCAGAAGCAAAAUGGAGGGAAGGCUGUGGAUGAGAGACAGCUAUUCCAUGGGACCAGCCACAACUUCGUGGACGCCAUCUGCCAGCAGAACUUUGACUGGCGGAUCUGUGGCCUUCAUGGCACUUCCUAUGGCAAGGGGAGCUACUUUGCCCGAGACGCUGCGUACUCUCAUCACUACAGCAAAUCCAACUCUCAGACCCACUGCAUGUUCCUGGCCAGGGUGCUGGUGGGUGACUUCAUCAGGGGCAAUGCAGCCUACGUCCGCCCCCCAGUGAAGGAAGGCCAGAGCAACACCUUCUAUGACAGCUGUGUGAACAGCAUGUCUGACCCAACCAUCUUUGUGGUUUUUGAGAAGCACCAGGUCUACCCUGAGUACCUCAUUCAGUAUACCACCUCCGGGAGGCCUGCGUCUGGAGCCUCCAUCCUAGUCACCCUGGGCUCCCUGUUUGGGAACCAAUAGUGAGAACUCCUUGGGCCACUGUGCGGCUUUUCAUGCUGCUUGACCUUGAAGGAGCUGUUCGGGAGUUCAUUUUUCAGAAACAAAAAAAAAAAAGCUUUUAAUGAACUGUUUAAUAUGGACUUCUCAGUGAAGUCAAAUUCUUAAUCUUUUGCUGGUAAGGGUUUUCACUUUUAAGUCACUUUUCGGCUCACUAGUGGACUCCCUAGUAGUGAUUGUGGGGGAGCUCAUUUUUGCCUUUUUAAUAAUGUGUUAGAGUUGCAUUUUUACCCUUUUUUACUUUGCUGCAUAACAGUACUAGACGCAGAAUUUCAUAUACUAUUUUAUGGAUUUCUUUUAAUUAUUAAGAGAUUCUGCUGAUAGCACUUCUGUUUUUCAGGGUCUUGUGGUCUCUUUUACCUAUGUCAGAAUGACACAGUAGCUUCUGGUAGAAGAGACCCGGGGUGGCCAAGGGCAGCAUCCUCCCGCUGCUUGUGGCUCUGGCACUAAUCCAAGCAGCUCUGAGGAGCUCCUCUUGGAACCUGGAGUCACUUGGCUUGUGUCAUAUUGUCAUCAAGUCCCUGCUGGUUUCUCCUUGUCCUGGUGGGGGUCAGCUCUCCCUUAGAGUAAGCACGUCCGUCCUGGCAGGGGGUGUGCCAGGUGGUCGGGAGGAGUGCCCCACCAGAACCCUCGACCCUCAGUUGCCCAUACCAUUACCCCUAAAUCCCUCUAAGUAUGGGUUUUAUGUCCCUGUGAGGGUGAAUACCUGUGCUGCAAAUGUCACAUAAGGGUUUCUAAAUAAUAAAAAAAAUAUAUUUAUCUGAACUA